AUGGCUGGCAAGCAAUAUCCCGAACCCUGGAAAACGAACCAUUAUUCUGGGGAUAAAUGGAUACGGGAACCUGGCGGGGAUCCUGGCAUCUAUUAUAUUCUCUCCGAACUUCCAGAAAGAUUCCUAUCACAUUCCCUUCCUCAUUACAUUGGGCUUGGUGCUGAUAGAGAGAUCGAUUAUUCAGGCUCUGGCCGUAGCUUUGGUGUAGGUGGGGCUGAGAAAAUUCCUGCCUUUGCUGUUGUAGGAGGGAGAUGGUGGGAUUCGCAAGUGAGGUACUGGAUUGGAAGAAGGGUGUUGGGAAUGGGUGAAGAUGACGCCCGUGUUCGACGGGGAGAUGAGAUGCUUACUUUUCAAUAUGGUCUCUGA